ACUGUAUAAUUACACGUUCAUCAAAUGGACUGUGGGAUGUGGAUUAUGGGAAAUACAAGGUGCAAGCUUUUUACUCUCCUGUAUACUCCGAUAGUCCGAUUUAAAGAAUUCAGAUUGGGGUACGCCAAUUUCAUUCACAAGUGAGUUCUUACUUGUGAACUCAAUUUUCAACCCGUGAAUUUAAAAACACGACCCGACCCAUUUUACAGCUUUUUCAGAAUAAUCAACCGUCUACAUUCUACUUGAGUACAGUUUACAAUUUUUGGGUCCACAUCUUAUUACGAAUCAGGUGGGGGAAGGAGAGAGAAAGACAGAUAUUAGCGCGAGGAGGAGGCAGAAAAAGCGAGAGAAAGAACAAGCAAGGGGGGCAUUGAAGUUGAUAAGGCUGGGGUUUUAGCUAAAGCCCUUAUCUUUCCUCUUCCUUCCAUUGACGGCUUCUCUCCUUUUACCCUUCAUCACCAACAACUCCCGUGAGAGAUUAAGAUGGCUUCCCAAGUGGUUCGUGAAUGGAGUGGAAUUCAGCAGUUUCCGCUUGCAACUCAAACUAAGUUGCUCGAAUAUUUGGGGAAACUGAAGCAAGAGAAUGUAGAUUCAUUGACCAUCUUGGUAAUGGGGAAAGGCGGUGUUGGGAAAUCUUCAACGGUAAACUCAGUCAUCGGUGAACGAGUAGUAGCUGUCAGUGCUUUUCAGUCUGAAGCAUCAAGGCCUGUGAUGAUUUCUCGUGCAAGAGCAGGAUUUACGUUGAACAUUAUUGACACACCAGGUCUUGUUGAAGGAGGAUAUGUGAAUGAUCGUGCUAUUGAUAUGAUUAAAAGCUUUCUUUUGGAUAAGACUAUCGAUGUAUUGCUGUACGUGGACCGCUUAGACUCCUACAGAGUGGAUACAUUAGACAGGCAGAUUAUCCAAGCGAUUACAUAUAGUUUUGGAAAACAAAUAUGGAACCGUGCUGCUGUUGUCCUUACUCAUGCUCAGCUCUCACCCCCAGAUGGAUUGAGCUAUGAAGAAUUCUUCACUAAAAGAUCUGAGGCUCUUCUAAAAGUUGUCCACCUUGGGGGCGGAAUAAGAAAGCAGGAUUCCCUUGCAUUCUCCAUGCCUAUUGUUUUGGUUGAGAACAGUGGGCGAUGUAAUAAAAACGAAAGUGGCGAAAAGGUUCUCCCAAACGGAAUUUCAUGGAUACCAAGUUUGGUCAAGACUAUCAUAGAUAUUGUUUCAAAUGGAAGUAAGGGUAUCUUGGUUGACAGGAGGUUGAUUGAGGGACCUAACCCAAAUGCACAACACAAGUGGUGGAUACCCUUGAUUGCGGCAGGUCAAUAUCUGUUGGUGCAGAAGAUUCGUGGUUUGAUAAAAAAUGAUAUUGCAAAGGAAAGUAAACCUGCAUGGGAACUGCGAGAUACUGGUGCAGCCAAGCGCAAGUUCUAAUUCUGCUUCUUUAUCUCGUCUCUGACAGUUGUGGCUCCACACUUUCCCAUGACUUCUAUAGAGGUAACCUUAGGUGAGCCUUGAGAGCGAUUUUGAGUAUCUAAGAGUGCUGUCUCUUUUAUCUUUUUGUUAUUUUUUAAGUUUUGGAGCAAUGAAAGCACACUUUUUCAGUCUGGUGUGGUAGAAAUUCUAUUAUUGUAUCUAAUGAAUAAGUAUUAUUCACUUUAUGAGGAAUCUAGCUGGUUAAUUUUGUAAUAACACUUUCCAGUAUUGCUGUUACAUCUGUUAUUGCUGUUUUGUUCUUGA